CAUGCAGGCAUUUCGUGAAAGUAGGCGAUGUCUACCUUCCAUAUUUCAGUAUCGAACAUUCUUCAGUCUUCCAAAGGUCAUACCAGAUAUCUUUGAUUCCAGAAAGGUUUAUAGCGAACGCAAGCUUCUAAACUAUUCUCAAGCACAAGUUUACGACGUUGUUUCCAAUGUUACCGAUUACCACCAUUUUAUACCUUUUUGUUCUCAUUCCAAAGUCUUUUCCACCAAAGCUGCACCGUCUCCCGUGGCUCCCAGCCGGGUCGUUAUGGAGGCCGAGCUAGGUGUUGGCUUUAACCUGUUCAACGAAAAGUACAUGUCCAAAGUCACUUGCGACAAACCGACUCUGGUCAAGGCGGAAUCGGCCGAUGCCACCAUGUUUAAGGAACUCGUAACUACUUGGCGCUUUACGCCUAAUUUGAACCGGCCAGGCAUCGAUAAUGUAUCAGCAUCACAUCAUCCGUCAUGCUGGGUUGAUUUCAGUAUUGCAUUUGAGUUCGCCUCCCCACUCCAUGCGCAUGCGUCAAGUGUCUUUUUCGACAAGGUGUCAACCAUGAUGAUGUCUGCUUUCAUCGAACGCUGCGAAAAGGUAUAUGGAAAGCGGUAGUAUAGAUUGUUUUAUUUAGAUCACUCUAUAUAGAUUAUAGAAAUGACUCGCUGUAA